GGAAAGAAGACAAAGUUGUAAACAUCCGCGAAAAGUCAAAAAAGCUCAAAUUCGAGAAUGGAGUCUGUGACGGGAAAAUACACUCUUGAUCCUGAGACUGUGGAACAUGAUCAAUCUAACAAGGAUCUACCUGCUGUUUUCCAGUGUCAACACUGUAAUGUGAUAAUAAGUGACUCUAUUGCAUUCAUCGCUGCUCAUGAUGAUUUGAAAUCUAUCACACUGAACAGUGUGAAUGCAUCUGUAGAAUUAUCAACAAAGCUGAUCACAUCAACAGAUGGUAUUGACCAAGGAAGUACUUUCAGCCCACUUGUUUGCCGAGGAUGUAAAACAGUGCUUGGGAAGGUUUACAAGACAACACCACGACCUUUGGACGACCUCAGAGAUUACUUCACAAUCGAUGUCAACAAACUUUCAGUAUACCAGGUUGGUUCUACUGAUUCAUCGUCUCUCCCCGAGUCAGAUACCCCUUUCCAACAGUUCACCAACCUGAAAACAUUGAAAGAAACAACACUUAAGUUGCAGGUGCUGAUGUGUGCCAUGCAUCAACGUAUCCAGAACAUUGAACAGUCACUCGAGAUCGAGGACACCAAUCCUUCAGAGAACCCUCUUCAGUCCAUGGCAGGAAUUCUAGAAAACAACCCAGGGUUACUGUCUUCAAACCCUCACCAACCCAAAGAGGGGUUACAAAGUGGAUCGGCCAAGAAUCUUGCUUCUCGAAAGAAUGAAGAAAGGAAUCCAGCCAUGGGUCCAGGAUCGGAACGUGGCCAAGGACUUGGGAAGGAUGUGCAAAGGAGUGGUGUCUUUGAAAAAGCAAAUGGAAGCCAACAGACAUUAAGUGAUAGUGAAACCAGCAGAGCAACCGUGGAUGAUUACAGUGGAAGCAAGAGAAGCAAGAGAUCAUCUUCAAAGACAUCUAGAGCUGCUACCAAGGGUCAGGAUAACCGGGUUAGAGGAACCAAGCGUACCAAAGACUAUAGUGGGGUUUCUGAAAGUCAAGGGGACUUUCAGAAUGAAUUGGAGUUACUGUCACCGAUCAGAAAAAUUUCAGGUGGAAGAUUAAACAAACCAUUAUGAAGCUUGAGAUUUGAAUUCCAUAAAUUUGCUUUAAUGUUGAUCUCAUCUGUAAUCACAGACAGUUUAUAUCCUUGCAUUUUGUAUUUUCCUUGGAAAAGAGUAAUAGUGAUUUAUAAGCUCAUGUACUUGUAAGAUUAUACCUUCAUACCUUGUGUAUAUCAGUAACUCAAUUUUUAUGUUUUUGCGGCCAGGGGCGGAUCCUGGAUUUUCCAAAGGAGGGGGGGGGGGCACAAAAAAAGGUUUUCACCUAAAAUUUGAGGUCAUUUCAUCUGCGAGAAAUUUGACAAGCAAAAAGCAAAGGGUCCUCUUUUUCAAAAGGAGGGGACAGACUUGGGGAAAAACAGCAUUAUAAUGGCUCUCAAGGGGGAAGGGGGGGGCACAUCCUGCUUGUGCCCCCCCCCCCUGGAUCCGCCACUGAUUGCAGCUGUUUGUUGUGUGUGUUUUUUCUUCUUCUGAAUUCAUAUUCAAGGGCUUCAGUUAUGCCUUAAAACUGAUAAUUUGAUAUAGCAGUGCACCAUAAUUGCUUUGUAGUCCAUCAAGUAUUCUUUUAUUCCUUCUUUUCAAAGCACUGAUCCAUGGCCUACGUGAGUUGCAGACAGUAUGUUGAAUACUAGGUCUAUAUUUGUAAAAUUUUGUACAGAGAUUAAUGUUACUAAAAUACAAAUUGCUGUUUGGCAUUUCUUGAAUGUUUAUUCCAACUCUUGAAUUAAAAUACUCUUAUUAAAGGGAUACUCUGGGACAAAAAUAAUAUCUAAAUAAAGUUAGAGUGAAAUGCUAAUAAUUUUAUUGAAAUCUCAUUACAAAGUGGAUUUUUGAAGUCUCACAAUAUUUUGUGAAAACAGUAAUGUGAAUGCCGUCAUCAAUGUUGUGACUUCUGUCAAUCUCAGAUGAAUUUUGAUUUCUGUGGUAGAACUGUGAUUAGUCCCAGGACUGGCUCUUGACCAAUGCCAAUCCACAAGCAACAUAUUGUCAAUAAGAUAAUGGCAACUAGAGAGAGAGAGAGAGAGAGCAUGUUGAACAUAUCAAAUUUAGAAAUCAUCUGUACCAGUAUUCACUUUCAUCCACAUUGAGGAAAAACCCUAAUGUUGCAAUUUGUCUGUAUAUGUCCAAGGUAUCGAAAAUAAUACCUCAGUCACAUUUUCUCUACAUCGGGCAGGCAGCCCUACGGCGAGUCGAAAACAGCCGUUUUAUCCAUUCUUAUUCAAACCACCUAUAUGUAGCUGGUGCAAAAAAUGUUAAAACGGCUGUUUUUUUACUCGCCGUAGGGGAAAUGUGACUGAGGUAUCAAGAAAAUGAAAACCAUAAAUCACUUAAUUCUCACGAACGAUUUGUAUAUUUUUUAUGCUGAUAGGUGAUUAGAUGUUUAUCUCUAUUGUUUUGUGAGUUUGUGUCAGUGGCUGAUGAACUUUGCUUUUGUCCACAAAGUGGCUGAUGAACUUUGCUUUUGUCCACAAAGUGGCUUGGAGCAAUAUAUAUGCCAUCUCCAAAAUCUAUGUUGAAUUUUCAAAUGAGAUUCAUAGAAAAGAAUGAAGAAAGAUGGAUGGUGUAAAAACAAACAUGUUAUAUUCAAGCAGAAAAUGAAAUCAAUGCCCCUGGGAGAGGAAUUGUUGAAUUAUUAUUUUUCAUGAAAAUAAAUAAAGACAAAAAUUA